CCCCAAGGGAUUCCGUGUACAGUUACAGGGCCGUCGCCGCCCAUACCGCCCAUGCCAGUCCUUCCAGGAUAGUCAACCGCCCCUUCCCUAACCCCCUCCUCAUCUGUUUUUAUCCGGUGUCUCGCUUCGUUUCUCGCUCUCUUUCCUUCUCGCUCCUACCACUGCCUCUACCUCUUGCUCUCUUACUCCCUGCAGCGCCAAGCCAGCUCCCCAACCGGGUCUGCCGAUCGCAAACCGCUGAGAGUUUGCCGAGCCGCCCCCUGGGGCCCCGGGCUGCCGAGUUCCGCUAAGGCAGAGACGCCAGCGAGCUGAGCGAGGGAGCGCAGCGGAAGACAAACAAGUGCGCGCAGGGAGCCCCAAGAGGCGGCCGGGGUGGCGGGCGGCCCUGCCGCGCCCCGGGUCGCCUUGCCCGCGGCGCACGCUCCGCCGGAGGACGCGCGCUCCGAAAAGUUAGACUCCGGGCGGCCGCGCGCCGCGUGCCCUCGCGUCCCCUCGCGUCCCCUCCUCGCGAGCGGCGCGCCGGGAAAGAACUCUCCUCUGGCCACUCAAGCUUCUUAACGUGAAAAGGGACGGAGCGUGAGGCGCGGGGCCGGGGUGGGAGCAGCGAGCAGGACGCGCGAGCGAGGCGGCCACCGAGCCCGAUGCCGGCGGCCAACAUGAUGGAGAACCUGCAGCCGCCGGCCCUGCAGGUGCCCGAGCCGCAGGGCGCGCCCGAGGGCCCGGUGUGGUCCAGCUCGUCGACCCCCACGCUCCGCCGCCGGCGCUUCAAGAUGCGCCGCAUGAAGAACGUGCAGGAGCAGAGUCUGGAGGCCGGCCUGGCCCAGGACCUGCCCGGAGUCUUGGCCCCUAGCAAGGAGUUCCUGCAGCUGCCGUCCAUCGAGAUUACGCCCUCCAGCGACGAGGACACCCCGUGGUCCAACUGCUCCACGCCCAGCGCUUCCCCUCGCCGCAAGCGCUUCCUCCUCCGCAAGUGGCUGAGGGUGAGGGAGCGGAAAGAGUGCAGUGAAAGCAGCAGUCAGCAGAGCAGCCAGCAGAGCAGCCACGAUGAUGACUCAAGCAGGUUCCUGAGUCCUCGGGUGCGGGAAGAAAGCACUGCCAGUAACUCCAACCGCAGCACGCCAGCCUGCUCCCCCAUCCUCCGGAAGCGGUCUCGCUCACCAACCCCCCAGAACCAGGACGGAGACGCCAUGGUGGAGAAGGGCUCAGAUCACUCCUCGGACAAGUCCCCGUCUACCCCGGAGCAGGGCGUGCAGCGCAGCUGCUCCUCACAGUCUGGCCGGAGCGGAGGCAAGAAUUCCAAGAAAAGCCAGAGCUGGUACAAUGUGUUAAGCCCCACUUACAAGCAGAGAAAUGAAGACUUCAGAAAGCUUUUUAAGCAACUUCCAGAUACGGAGCGCCUCAUUGUUGAUUAUUCAUGUGCACUCCAAAGAGAUAUUCUUCUUCAGGGCCGACUCUACCUCUCAGAAAAUUGGAUCUGCUUCUACAGCAACAUCUUCCGCUGGGAAACUCUGUUGACAGUCCGUUUGAAAGACAUCUGCUCCAUGACUAAAGAGAAAACAGCUCGCCUCAUCCCCAAUGCCAUCCAAGUUUGCACUGAUUCAGAAAAGCACUUUUUCACUUCGUUUGGGGCCCGGGACAGGACGUACAUGAUGAUGUUCCGGCUCUGGCAGAACGCUCUCCUUGAGAAGCCGCUGUGCCCCAAGGAGCUCUGGCACUUUGUCCACCAGUGUUACGGGAACGAGCUGGGUCUGACGAGCGACGAUGAGGAUUAUGUGCCUCCAGAUGAUGACUUCAACACAAUGGGCUACUGUGAGGAGAUCCCUGUAGAAGAGAAUGAAGUGAAUGAUAGCUCGUCUAAAAGCAGCAUAGAGACCAAGCCAGAUGCCAGCCCACAGCUGCCCAAGAAAUCCAUCACCAACAGCACCCUGACCUCCACGGGAAGCAGUGAAGCCCCUGUCUCGUUCGAUGGCCUGCCUCUGGAGGAAGAGGUGCUGGAGGGCGAUGGAUCCUUGGAGAAGGAGCUUGCCAUUGACAACAUCAUAGGCGAGAAGAUAGAGAUCAUCCCGCCUGUGAACUCCCCUUCCUUGGACUUCAAUGACAAUGAGGACAUUCCCACUGAGCUCAGUGACUCUUCAGACACCCACGAUGAAGGGGAGGUGCAGGCCUUUUAUGAGGAUCUGAGUGGCCGGCAGUACAUGAAUGAGGUCUUUAACUUCAGCGUGGACAAACUCUACGACCUGCUGUUCACCACCUCGCCCUUCCUGCGGGACUUCAUGGAGCAGCGGCGCUUCUCUGAUAUCAUCUUCCAUCCGUGGAAGAAGGAGGAGAAUGGAAACCAGAGCCGGGUGAUUCUGUAUACCAUCACCCUUACCAAUCCUCUGGCUCCCAAAACUGCCACCGUCAGGGAGACGCAGACCAUGUACAAGGCGAGCCAGGAGAGUGAGUGCUAUGUGAUCGAUGCGGAAGUUCUCACCCAUGAUGUGCCCUACCACGACUACUUCUACACUGUCAACCGUUACACACUCACCCGCGUGGCCCGCAACAAGAGUCGACUCAGGGUCUCCACCGAGCUGCGCUAUCGGAAACAGCCCUGGGGGUUAGUGAAAACGUUCAUUGAGAAGAACUUCUGGAGCGGGCUGGAGGACUACUUCCGCCAUUUAGAGAGUGAGCUCACCAAGACGGAGAGCACGUACCUGGCUGAGAUGCACCGGCAGUCUCCCAAGGAGAAGGCCAGCAAGCCUCCCACGGUGCGGAGGAGAAAGCGGCCCCAUGCCCACCUGCGGGUGCCUCACCUGGAGGAGGUGAUGAGCCCGGUCACCACCCCCACCGAUGAAGAUGUGGGCCACCGAAUCAAACACGUGGCAGCAGGUUCCACACAGACGAGGCAUAUCCCUGAGGACACUCCGAACGGUUUCCACCUGCAGAGUGUGUCCAGGCUGCUGCUGGUUAUCAGCUGUGUUCUGGUGCUGCUGGUCAUCCUUAACAUGAUGCUCUUCUACAAGCUCUGGAUGUUGGAGUACACCACCCAAACCCUCACUGCCUGGCAGGGUCUGAGGCUCCAAGAAAGGGGUCUGGGAGCACAGGACAGUCUGCUGAGCAUAACUCCAGCUGCUGGGGUGCCCCUUCUUCUGCCCCACAGGUUACCCCAGUCUCAGACAGAAUGGGCCCAGCUCUUAGAGUCCCAACAAAAGUACCACGAUACCGAGCUCCAGAAGUGGAGGGAGAUCAUCAAGUCCUCAGUGAUGCUGCUCGACCAGAUGAAAGACUCGCUCAUAAAUCUUCAGAAUGGCAUCAGGUCCCGUGACUACACGUCGGAAAGUGAUGAGAAGCGGAGCCGGUAUCACUGACAAGGCGGGAACAGAGGAGGCUGCAGGAGGCUGGUGCAAUACAUGUACAUAGACCCUAUAAAUAUAUAUAUAAAUAUAUAUAGAGAAUAUAAAUAUAUAUAUUAUAUACAGAUUUUAAAAAGAGAUAAUGCCUACAUACCAGGGAGAAGGAGCGGGACCUCCCGCCCCUGUGCCAGCCGGAGCAGCGUUUCCUCUCGGUGGAGGGCCUGAGGAGGGCAGGGAGCAGCUCUCGGCACUGACACCCCUGCCCCUCCUCCUCCUCCUCCUCCUCCUCCUCCCAUCCUCUGCUCCUCACCCCUCCCUUGCUGGCCUUUCUUGGCUCCUAGACCAGAAAUGUUGCUGAGCCAAAGCUUUGCCUGGGAAGACCCUCAGGUCUUGGAGGACGUCUCAUGGGGGCAUUGCUUAAGGUGCUGCAUUCCUUAAUCUCCUUGCAGUUUGUUUCCAUAAUAAAGCAGAAUCUGUUCUUCCCUACCUGAGCUUCCCCAGGGUUCUCUGGGACACAAAGCAAGAGCCCAAUCUCAGCUCCCCCCUAGGAAGCCACUGAUAAGGACUUCACUGUGCCAAGAGCCAGGCGGGGAGGGCUGGAGGAGCUAGUGAGGUGGCUUGGUGCGCUUGGGCUGUGGGGUGGACCUGCAGGCUCCGCUUGUGUUCUGAAAGGUUUCCCCUUGGUCACCCUGCACCUUGCUCUGACAUGGGUAGGACGUGGACCCAAUAAGGGCUGGGGAUUUCUAACUUGCCCACACCCUUUCUCUCUGGUCUUCACUCAGGCUGGAUCUGGGUGAAGUGUCACUUUUUAGUGCCUAAAGUCCUAUUAUUUCUCUGUGCCCUAAGAGCACAUUGUUUAUUAGACAGGAUGGAGCAUUUUUGACCUUUUAAACCCCUUUUUGUGGUUAUGAACAAGUCAGAUCUGUGGCUCUAAUUCCUUCAGCUUAAGCUAUGAGUGAGUUUGAUUUCCAGGAUGAAUCAGGGUGUCUUAGGCCCUG